UGCCCAGGGGUCCUGUAACCCAUCGGGGGUUCCCGAGGGUUUCUGCAGCGCACAGCCCUGGCUGCGAGGCACACAUCAGGCUGGGGAUUUUCCUGUUGCCUGGCUGCUGACCCCCUACAGGAAGAUAAGGGACAAGCCGAGAGGGCGGAGCAGCGUGCUACACAUGUCUGGCUGCUCUUAUCAACUUAUCAUAUAAGGGAAGGAGGGUGAUUGAUUUGGGUCCUGACACCACAGAAUCUGGGGGCCAGAAACAAAGAGGCAUUAACACUGGUCUGUAGAGGGAAUACGGCCCUCCCCAGUGAGCAGGGCGACUCUUCCUGCUGCGAUCUGACAGUUUGGAGAGCAGACGGCACUGAACACCACUGCUGGCUGCUAGGAAAGGCGGGGAGACAGGAGACUCCCACGGAUGGACCUUAAGCCCUGGUAACAGGGCUGAGUGGGCAGCUGAGGACCGGCUUCCCAUGUGCUCUGGAGUUCGCUAGGCUGGUGGUUUUAUUACCAAAAGGAAGAAUGUGGCAGAUUGUUUUCUUUACUCUGAGCUGUGAUCUUGUCUUGGCCGCAGCCUAUAACAACUUUCGGAAAAGCAUGGACAGCAUAGGAAAAAGGCAGUACCAGGUCCAGCACGGCUCCUGCAGCUAUACGUUCCUCCUGCCAGAGACGGACAACUGCCGCUCGUCCUCCAGUUCCUACGUGUCCAAUGCUGUGCAGAGGGACGCGCCGCUGGACUACGACGACUCUGUGCAGCGGCUGCAAGUGCUGGAGAACAUCAUGGAAAACAACACGCAGUGGCUAAUGAAGCUGGAGAAUUACAUCCAGGACAACAUGAAGAAGGAGAUGGUGGAGAUCCAGCAGAAUGCAGUGCAGAACCAGACUGCGGUGAUGAUAGAAAUAGGAACCAACCUACUCAAUCAAACGGCAGAGCAAACCCGGAAGUUAACGGACGUGGAAGCCCAAGUAUUAAAUCAGACAACAAGACUCGAACUGCAGCUUCUGGAACAUUCCCUUUCUACAAACAAAUUGGAAAAACAGAUUUUGGAUCAGACCAGUGAAAUAAACAAACUGCAAGAUAAGAACAGUUUCCUAGAAAAGAAAGUCCUAGACAUGGAAGACAAGCACGUCGUUCAGCUUCAGUCCAUAAAAGAAGAGAAAGACCAGCUGCAGGUGUUAGUAUCCAAGCAAAAUUCCAUCAUUGAAGAGCUAGAGAAGCAACUGGUGACGGCCACAGUGAACAACUCAGCCCUCCAGAAGCAGCAGCAUGACCUGAUGGAGACCGUGCACAACUUACUGACCAUGAUGUCCACGUCGGGCUCUAAAAGCUCCUUGGUGACUAAGGAAGAACCGAUCAUCUUCCGAGACUGCGCGGAAGCCUUCAAGUCAGGCCUCACCACCAGCGGCCUCUACACGCUGCGGUUCCCCAACUCCACGGAGGAGGUGAAGGCUUACUGUGACAUGGAAACCGCUGGAGGUGGGUGGACCGUUAUUCAGCGACGUGGAGAUGGCAGUGUCGAUUUUCAGAGGACUUGGAAAGAAUAUAAAGUGGGUUUUGGGAACCCUUCAGGCGAACACUGGCUGGGAAAUGAGUUUGUUUCGCAAGUGACCAAUCAGAAGCGCUACAUGCUUAAAAUACGCCUUACGGACUGGGAAGGGGAUGAGGCCCACUCGCUGUAUGAACACUUCUACUUGUCAGGUGAAGAGCUCAAAUACAGGAUUCACCUCAAAGGACUUACGGGGACAGCCGGCAAAAUAAGCAGCAUAAGCCAACCAGGAAAUGAUUUUAGCACAAAGGACUCAGACAACGACAAAUGCAUUUGCAAAUGCUCUCAAAUGCUCACAGGAGGCUGGUGGUUUGAUGCAUGCGGUCCUUCCAACUUGAACGGAAUGUACUACCCACAGAGGCAGAACACAAACAAGUUCAACGGCAUUAAGUGGUACUACUGGAAAGGGUCGGGCUACUCGCUCAAAGCCACGGCCAUGAUGAUCCGACCGGCGGAUUUCUAAAUGCCGGCACUCCCCCCCACCCCCCAGGGACGGUGGACCGUACUGUUUCCAAAGACGUACUCCCAGAGCUCUAGCAGACACAGCUGCACUCUGUCUCCCCUGCCACCGCAGACAGACACAUGCUCUACGGGGCCCCAAAUUAGAGCCCUGUGCACUUCACCACUGACACCUGCAGCCCUCGAGGAACCAAAGCACAACCCAGAAUCUUCACCUUGUGACCUGGUAGAACAUCUGUGCGAAGAUGAAUUUAUGCUUGCAAAUGAGACUGACGAUGUACAGACUCUGUUGUCACAGCCAAGAAUGUUAUGUGCGAGUUCAUCAGUAAAUAACUGGAAAACAGAACACUUAGGCUAUAGAGUAGAGAUAAUCUUGGAAGUGCAUUCUUCUAAGCACUGUUUAUGGACUGUGUAAAUAUCUAUAUGUCCUCAACUCAGCGUCACUAUCUUAAUUAAAAGGAAGGAACCGUUCUCUAAGCCAUGCAACUAUAUCACAUAUUCAGGGAUUUUCUGAGAAGCGGUUGUUAGCAGUUUCAUAUUUGGAGAAGGAAAAACAUAGUUAAUGCAUUUUUGCUCCUCCUCUUAGAUGCUUUAAAAAUUCAUUUUGAAAACAGCAUAUUUACAUAUGUGUUGCCAGCUUGUUUUAAGUUAAUACUCAAAUAUAGAUUUCAAGUUUAUAUGGUGAAAACUUCCAGGAUGCAUUUUUUUAGUUUAUGUCAAGAUUGUACUAUUUUUUUUUCCUAUCUGGUUGUUAAAUAUGAAGGUAUUUUUAGUAAUUAAAUAUAACUUAUUAGGUGAGAUGAUUACAUUUAACUUUUAUAAUAUUUGCAGUUUUGUAAUCUGAUUCCAGAAUAACCGAUUAUGCCUCAUGACAAGGAAAAUUCUGAUUUUUAACGAGGAAGAAAAGUAUACAUUUCUUUGUAUACAUUAUACAAAGAGACUUCACUAUCUUUUACUUACUAUUCUAAUACAGAGGUGUUUUUUUUCUUCUAGUAAGAUAUAUUCUAGAGAAGUAGGCUGCAAUUAGUAGCUGAGAAAACCCUUUAAGUUAAUGCAUGUACUACGCUCUACUUCUCAGGCUACAAUCACCCCUGAAGUUAUUUAAGGAAAAAAAUCAUUUGCAUCAGCAAGAUUUUUAAAAAUGUCUACCAGAAAACUUUUUUAAAAAGUGUUUUCAAGUCCAAAAACAAAAUCUGAUAUUUAUAGUAUAUUCAUAUGGGUACAGAAAAUUUUGAGAGCAUGGAUUUAAGCUCAAGACUGCAAAACCUUAAAUUCCUAGAGUUUUAACCCUGAAGUUUCCAUAGUGCAGUUAACAGUGAUGAGCAUGUGCAGAAGGCUUUAUAAUGUAGAAGUGGUUUCUCAUAUGUUUGCUUUCGCGUCAGGUGCUAGGAAGCUUAGAGCCAAAUUUACAACUAGCUUUUACUUGAUGUCUGUCUUCACCUUAUACCGUUCUACCACAAUUUUUUCCUUUAUUCCAUUUUUCUUAUUUAUUUUACCCCUACAUGCCCACCCUACCCUCAUCACAACUCAGUUUUGGAACGCGGAACAUUGCUGUGUGUUUUGAGUCUGUUUAUGGACUUGGGCAGAGUCAGAAGCUCCGCUUUCCCCACCAUGAUGUACUUUCUCAACAAGCAUAUUAACUGAGUGAACAAACUCCUCGUUUUAUUACAUUUAAGAAUGAUUUAUAAAUUCAACAGAGGUCUCAGCUUUGCAUCAGGUUAAAAAAAAUCUGAUAAUGAGAAAACAUCACUGUUUGAAGGGAAACAAUAAAUUUCUAUGACAUCUGAAAGACCACAUGGCAGAUAACUGAGAUGGGGAAAUGAUGAUACAGGAAAAAUUGCCAACAAUAUAAUUUAUAUCACUUGCCCAUGCAGGCAGGUUAAAUGAACUUCAAAGAUAAACCACACUAUAUUAUUUAGGUUACAUACGCUCUCUUUAGACAGAGGAUGGGGGCAUUUGUGUUUUUAUUUUACGCUUCAGUUCCUUACACGGUAUUUCAAACAAAGAGUCUUGCUGAGAGGAAUUUUUUCUCUCCUUAAGAAAACAUUUAUAAAGUUGACAGGAAAUCAAAACAGUAAUCUUAAAAAUGAAAACAAGUCAACCCAACAACCGAGAGAACUACAAUGAUAAAAGGCAGAGUUCAGAAUUCAACUUGUUGUCAUUUGAUAGUCACAUGGCAUUUUCAAACAACCAAAAAUCCAUGAAGACUGGUCGCAGAUAAAAAUCACCAUUUAUCUUUCAGGUAUUAAUCUUUUGAAAGAAUAAACCAUCACAAACCAGUUAACAUUUCUGGAAAUGAAAGCCAGCUUCUGCACAAUCCUGCUUCUAAGUAAACCUGAAAUUAUCUACUAAAUUAUUACUCAAUCAUCAAAAAAAAUUAGAACCUGGAACGUUUCCAUUAGCAUUUCAAGUACUUAAAAGUCAGUUAAGUUGAAACUGAGUUUAGGAAAACAUCAAAACAUAAAGACCACAUCAUAAUGCUAGCAAGCCACAAUUUUUAUACCUAUCAGUUCUAUCUCUAUUGAGGGUAACAGCAUUAUCUUCUAAAGCUGUAGGCAAGAUAUUACCUUCUCAAAAAUCUAGUCUCUUUUCAUUUUUGUUUUUCGCAGUCCUGAGGGCUUCUGUAAUGAAAUAUUUUGGGGACUGUAUGCCCCAAAACUUUUUGCAGAAUGUUCUCACAUUCUCACAUUUUUUCCUCACAAAUAAAUAGAUAAAAAGUGUCCAGUUCUGUGAAUAUGUCUUUUUAGCUAUGGGCAUAAUUGCACUUGAUUUAAUAAAAACGUGAGUCUAAAUCUAUGCUAACGGUAAUUUCCUGAGAAUACAAAUUGUAUUUACUGUCAUAAAAUAACGUCUGACUUACAGGAGCUGCAGGGAAGGAGUCAGAAAGUUCAAACGGUUCCUCGGAAAUCCAGUGACCCAUUUCCAAAGACCACAGUACCUGCAAGUGACACAAAACACAGAGCAAUUUUAAUGGGUUUAUUAGGCUCUUAGUGGACAAUAAACCACUUUGAAGAUAGGCAAAAACAAAACAAAAUGAACAAAAGCCCAGCAGCGACUACACACUCCAUAGACCUGAAACAGCUGGGUCUUGAAUACCAAAGUGCUGUCAGAAUCUUCAGGCGGCUUAAAUGUUAUGAAUAUUAAUAACCACUUAGCAAUUACUAAACAUCAUCCAAUUUCUAAACAUAUGAAAUCAUACAUAUUUUGUUAAGUUCCAAGUUUCUAGUUUAAGGAGUCAUUAUAGACAAUCCUCAGUAAAUAUUCUAGAAUCUUAUUACUUAAAAAAAUAAGUUAGGAGAAGAUAGACAAUAAGCCUAAAUUUGAAAAGCAACACUUAUGGUGUGUGAGUUGGUUUCUAACAUUAGCUAAUAUUUUCAGAAGUUUUCCAAACACAUUUGAAAAUCCCUCCCAGACUUCUGAAGAGUAAAAGGUCUUAUACAUAAGCUUUUGUCAAUCUUAUCCUCAUGUUAUUUUUGAACUUACACAUUUUUAAAUUAUCAAGACAAUGUUUUCAUUUUAAUUCAACAAUGUUUGAAAUUCUGCAGUCAUCUCUGCUCUAUGACCAAACUCCCUAAAAAUCUGUUUCCAUGCACCAGUAGAAUUCUACAAUUAAAAUAUUCCAACUGAAUUACAUGACUCACAUUUAUCCCUUAUCUGCAAUUUCAUUUCUUACAUUCAGUGAAUCCAUUCUUUUUUUCUAGAGCUGCUACAUAAAACUCAUGUUCUUUUUUGCUGAAUGAGUGGAAAUGAGGCCUAACUCUUCCUUUUUCGUAGUUCCUAAGGUUCAGAACCACCUACGGGAAACCAGUCUUAAAUAUCUCCCUUUUUAUGUAUUAAAGCUAGUGCUUAGCUAACACGAGAUGGCAAUUUUUUGUUUUGAAGAAAAAGUGAGUGUGAUAAUGGAAUAAAGA